GAAUUCGGAUCUUCAUCCGGUUUAGCAGACCCAGACCAGAGAAAACACAACAGUGGCAGAGUAAGACGCUCAGAGGAGAGUAUUUUGAUUUCUACUGCAUUUCUGGUGAUGGAUUUCUUAUCCGUACCCUCCCUUGCAUCUCUUAGUUAUACUGAGAUCGCUCUUGCUGUUUUUUAUAAUCAUGAUGUCUAUAAACUUGCGUUCGAGUAUAGUUUACCUUCCGCGCUUCGUCCUGGAUAUACAAAAAUGGAAAGACUGACCUUGAAAAACAUUUUAGAUGUUGCUGUUGAUAAACUGUCAACUUUAAUGUUAUCCUCAUCAUGCCGCACAAAAGUCAGAAGUUUAAUUAUGUAUAUGAUUCGUGAAUUUUGGAUUUGGAAGCAAAAUCAUGAUUCAAUUCUUGACACUCAGCUGCUGAGGGAUAUUCGCCCGUUUUGGACAAAACAAUUAACCAUCGAUCGUCCAAAGACUGCCAGGAUAUUGAUUGAAACAAAAAAAUUUGAUGCUGCCGUUUGUUUUAUACUGGCAUGCAAAUAUUGCUUCGUUGAAGAUGCUUUGCAGCUGUGGAGUGAUAUGACAGCAGAACAGAAGGUUUUUGUAGCAUCGUUAAAACGCAUACCAAGAUACUCUCCUCUAGAGACUUGGAUUCGCGAUUCUGAAUCUGAAGCUCAAAAAGAUGUAAUGACCUUUAGUACUUAUGUAGAAUUGCGUCAGCUUCCUCUUGAUGAACAUAUGAUAAGAGCUAUUUUGCCUACAAAAUCCCCAGAAGUACAAAAACAAAUUCUGAUAAACGUUGUUGCAAAUACUUCUAUUUACGAAUAUCAACCUCAUUUUAAAUUAAAAUGUUUUCAACAGUUGGGCAAAGAGAUGCAAGAAGAAAUUUUAAAAAUACAUUCUUUUAUUGUGCUUCGGUGUCUUUUGGCCUGGCCUUUUGAAAGCAAUUUCUUGGCUGUGGCAGAUAAUACUCGGAAUAAUCUCUCACCAAGAAAUUUUUGCCUCAUUCUUGAGACUUUUAUUCUUCGUUUGGAAAAUUAUGAAUGGCAAAACUUUGAACUUGCUCAAAUUCUUAAAGAAUUUUGGGAUGAAAGUCCCCAAAAUAUGAAAGACUAUGCAAAACGAGAUCGUAUUUAUGAACUACUAAAAAUGGUAUUAAGUUGCGAUUCCCUUGAAUCGCUCUCGAGUAGUAGUUGUAUCUUGCAAGAAGCAUAUCAAAAAUUUGUUGGUAUUAAGAUUUUGGAAGCGUUUGGUGUUUAUAGAUAAAUUAUAUGAAGGCUGACAAAAAUAAGUAAAAGAUUAAAGUAGCUUAUCUAUCCUGGUGCGUGCGCUUGAAAUUAUUUUCCUAUUUGUAAAACAACCUGCGCUCCUUUCAAAAUUGACUAAUUAUAUGUAGAUAGUGUUACCUUGAUGCUCAGAUUUUAGACAAAGGAAUAAAGUAAUAAUAAUAAAACUGACACGGUUUAUAUAUAAUAAAGAUUUAUAUCCGAAAGAUGUGGUAUGAAAUUAAUUCCUGUUAGAACCAAGUAUUGAAAACAGAUUUACAUAUGCAAAUGUGUGUUUUAUUCAGAAGUAGAAACUAAGAAAAUUAAAAGCAUUUUCAUUGGAUAAAUUCAUCCUCAGGGCUUUAUCAUGGACUUAAUUAAUUAAAUUAAAAAUAAGUGAUGUGAUGAAUAAUUUAAAUAAAACUAAAUAAAUAUAAAUUUGAAAAAAAAAAUCCAAUGAUAUUUAAUAUAGUUUUGUAUUCUUAUAAUGCUAAUGAAUGCAAAUAAUUAAAUAGAAAGCAUAAAUUAAAAACAUAAUUAACGGGAAUUUUUUUUCUAGAUUUAUAAUUUUAACAUCACUAAAAAUUAAAACCUAAGCAAAUAUAAAAUUUAAAAAAAUGAUUAUUAUUUUAAACAGCAAGACAUAAUGAGUAGCAAAUGUGAAAUGCAUUCUUACAAUGUCACAGCAUGUUUAUUAAUGCCAUGCGAGAAAACUGUUAGAUCUUUUUGUCCAAUUAUUCGAGCAAAAUGCAUUGAUAAAUGUUAUUUCUUAUCCAUAUUUUAUCUGUUACUUUAAUAAUUUCAUUCCCAAUCUUUUAUUAGCCCUUCCUUAUAUGAAAAUGUUUUUAAUUCAAAGUAAUCGAUUUAAUUUGAUUGUAAUUUGUAAAUUUUAUUCCAUUCGUUCUGUUAAGUAAUGGUUAAUUCCGGGAUAUAAUAGUUGUGUUUUCAUUUAAUGAUAUAUGUCAGUUCCAUUGCGAAUAAAAUAAUACACACAAUAUAUAUAUAUAUAUAUAUAUAUUGUGUGUAUAUUAUUUAAUAGUUAUAAUAUUCUUUAUUGUGAAUACAUGUUUUCUGAUAGAUUGUUGUGAUAUUAGUUGUUAAGUUUAACUAUCCAUUCAUUGUCUAUUAAUUUUUGUUUUUGAACAUUAUUAUAUAAAUCAUAUCACUAUAUAUAUGUGUGUGUGUGUGUGUAUGUGUGUGGAAAAUUUAGUUUUUGAAGUCAGUUCAGUUAGCAAAUAGAUGAGUAUUCAGUAGUCAGUAGAUGAGUAUUUCAGUUUUUAUUUAGCUGAUUAUUCUAAUAAUAUUAUUUUUUACUUAUCCACACAAUUGCUGUCAAUCCUGAACAAGAUCUCUUCCCACCAAGUUGUGUGGGUGAUGGCCGUUGCUAUGGGAACUAAUUAUGUAAGGGAAAAUUCCAAUUCGAAUGGGAGAAAUCCGACGGAAGUCUGGAUUUGAUUUAUUCUUGGUGCCAGCUUUUGGCGGGGGAAAAAAAUUGGUAAUCAUUGAUACAGUUGCAUUUGCAUUUACCUAUCUUGCUUUUUAAAUAAAAGAAGGAAAAAAAACUGUUCUGAUUAAACUUAUUCUCAUUAUUUUUAAAUCUUGUUAUUAUAUAAAUUUAUCUUUCAAUUUAAAACAGACGAGAUGAUAAAGUGAGGACGAAUUAGUGAUUCGCAUUCGGACUAAAAAUAAAAAGAAUUUUGUGACUGGAGAUUUUUUUUUUUUCUGUAAGGAAUCACGCCAUAAUAAAUUGCAAAAUUUUUAAAUGUUUCUUAUACAACUAUGUUUUAUGACCGCAACUUCUAUUCUAUUAUAAGCAAAAUUUUAAUGAUGAUUUUUUCACAUAUAGAAAUCAUAAGAUUUUCGGCCAUUGGUAAAAUAUUUUGCAUCUCCCUUCAGCAUAUAUACUAGUUCUGAUGCAUAAUUUUAAAAGUAGAAAUGUAAAGUUGUAUUAUUUUAAAAAUCAGAAUGUAUUUAUAUAUGAACUUUGCAGUUGAUAUUUUUGGAAAUGUGUGUAUUGAAACUUAGUUACAGAUCAGAUUUAGAUAUAGACAAUUUUUUUCACAUGAUUUCUCUUAAUAUGACAAUUAUUAAUUUUGUAUUUGGAUAAAAUAAUUAAAUAUCCUAGUUUUUGAAAGUUUCAUGUAUAUUGAAUAAGAAACAUUUUAGGUAAUAUUAGAAUAUAAAAAAGUUUUAUUAAAAUUAAGAAAUAAUUUGCGAUUAAUUAUAGUAUCGUUUUUAUGUUUAACUAACUGAAUUACCUGGAACUUGCUCCAGUAAAUUCAAUGUUAAUCACUAGUCUUAAUUUAGUGCAAAUGGAAUGAAAAUUUUAUUAUAUGAUAUGAACAGAACAGAAUAAUAUGUUCCGAUUUAUGUAUUUUUUUAUAAAUGAUUCAGUUUCAUAACUGAUUUUCUUUUUCUUUACUUAACAGGGACAUAAACAAUUAUUUAAUUUUUCGUUCGACUUGUAUUGUUCUUUAUAUGUGUGUGUGACAAGGAUAUCUGAUAUUUUUAAUAUUUCAGAUAUUAUAAUUUUGAGUUUGAUUUAUAACUUUUAAAAAUUUAUUUUUCAAAAUUAAAUGUAAUACUUUAUAUAAUCAAUGGAUUCCUGUAUAAUAGAUAACAUGGUUCCCUAGUGACCACCAUCGUCUAGAUAAUUUGACGGGAAAAGAUCUUUUUGUGAACAAACAGUAUUCAAUGAUUGUUUUUAUACAGUAUUGAAAUAUGUUUUUAUACAGUAUUAAAAUAAAUCAUGUCAAUUUUUUUUUGCAUUUAGAAAUUGUAUAUUCUUCAGAAGCAUUUCAACUUACCUAUAUAUCAAAGAGUAAAAUUUUGGUUUUUAUUCAUCCAAAUAAUUAAUGGUUAUAUUAAUUAUUAUUUAGUAAAUAUAACCAUUAAUUCAUCAACCAUUAUUUGUUGUUUUAUACCGUAUAAAAAUAAACCUUUUUAUACAGAAAUGUUUUAUAGUUUUCAGUCUUUUAGAUUAGUAUUACAUUUCAGU